AGGGUUCCAGAGCAGAGCGGAAAAAAGAGGCCAGGACUGACAAUCUAGAAAUAUAAAACAAGUCUUCGGUUAGAUAUGCUUUGUUGAGAGAAUACGUUUGGACUUCGAGAUUUUUUUAUGGAUCUAAGGAGUUUUCUUUUUGUCCACAUAGGACGUGGCGUCUGUGACUGCAUUAAAGUGGCAUAAAUAAGGUUCAUUUGCGGCAAAAGAAACGUGAAUCUUUUAAUAUUGCGCACAAAGACAAAAACAGCAUCCUGGACUACUCUUGGGAAACAGGAAUGGUUUGUCCUUCCGAAGGUUUAUUCUACAUCGAAAUGGAUCAAGCACCUCCAGCUCUCCCUCCCAGGUCAACAAAGCCAGUGUCUUCCACAGUGAACAACAACUGCCUUACGCCACCUGCAUAUUCACUACAGGACGCUGAAUGGUACUGGGGAGACAUAACCAGGGAUGAGGUAAAUGAGCUGCUCCGAGACACACCUGAUGGCUCCUUUCUGGUGCGCGACGCAUCCACAAAGCUGCAAGGAGACUUUACACUGACAUUAAGGAAAGACGGGCACAACAAACUAAUCAAGAUUUACCACCAUGAUGGGAAGUACGGCUUCUCAGACCCUCUCACAUUCAGUUCAGUAGUGGAGCUCAUUUGGCACUAUCAGCACCAUUCGUUGGUGGAAUAUAAUGCCACACUGGAUCUGAUGCUCGCACAUCCUGUGUCCCACUUCCAGCAGGUCAAAGAGGACCGUGUCGACGUCGCUGGAAGAAAACUCAAAGAGGUUCACAGUCAGUAUCAAGAGAAGUCAAAGGAGUUUGAUCGUCUGUAUGAAGCCUUCACAAAGACCUCACUGGAAAUCCAAUUGAAGCGAACAGCAAUUGAGGCCUUUAAUGGGACGAUGCUGAUCUUUGAGAAGCAGUGUCGGGAACAAGAGCGUUACGGAGAGGAGUUUGAAAGGGACAAUCAGUCUGAAGGAACCAACAAAGAUCUGGAGAGCUUUCUGAUAAAUUAUGAAAAGCUGAAGUGCCGACUUGGGGAGAUCUAUGACAGCAAAAUCCAUCUUGAGGAAGACCUCAGAACGCAGGUGGAUGACUACAGAGAGACGGACAGGAAGAUGAACAGCUUGCGGCCUGAUCUCAUCCAAUUAUGCAACAUCAGAGACCAGUACCUAAACUGGCUUAAUCACAAAGGCGUGCGGCAAAAACGUAUAAAUGACUGGCUCGGGAUCCAAAGUGACAGCCUUGAUGACACAUACGUAUUGAAAGGAGACGAAAAGAAUUUGCCACAUCAGGAUGAAACAACUUGGUUUGUUGGUGAACUGAGUCGAACGCAGGCUGAGGAAAUGCUUCAGGGUAAAGCUCCUGGAACAUUCCUGAUCCGCGAGAGCAGCAAACAGGGAUGCUACGCCUGCUCUGUUGUUGUGAAUGAAGAAGUGAAGCAUUGCAUGAUCUACAGCACACCACACGGAUAUGGCUUUGCUGAGCCCUAUGACAUCCACUGCUCAUUGAAAGACCUUGUCCUGCACUAUCGCCUGCACUCCUUAGCGCAACACAAUGACGCCCUGGAUGUUCGGCUGUCACAUCCAGUACACGCUAAAGCUGCAGCCACGCCUUCCCAACACACAGAGGAACAUGGUCUCCUACAGACUCCAAAACACACAGCGGGGCUCCCACCUGCUGCUCCAGAAAUGUAAUCCAACAGAGAAAGACAAAAAAAAAAAAAAAACACGUUUACUGUAUCCUGCGAGAACGACUGCAUCGAGGUGCAUUGUGUAAAAUUUUGCACUACAGUGAUUCCAUCAGUUUUUGUGAAUGGGAUUUCACAAAUUGAAGUGGGACCGGACUUGAAUGUUAGCUUGAAUGUGUUUUUGUUUGUUUUGUUUUUUUCUAAAAGACUUUUGAGGCUUUCAAAAAUGUUUUGUACUUCAUUUAUUGCCGUUUGUUUAAUGGACACCUUUUCAGUUGGGAUGUUGACAACCAGAAGGUUUCUCACUGACAUCAGGUGUUACACCUUUGUUUGACUUCAGCUUUUACAACUAGAGUUGAUUUUGCUGGAGCUGUCCAUUCUCCUAGUUCAAAUGUAUUCAGUUUUGAAUAUAGAUAUAUAUUGGGUUACUAUUACUUAGUGCAUUUGUGAGGGGGAAAUUGUGCUGUAAACAGGCUGAUUCUGUCUUAUCCGUUUGGUGGACCAAACCAUUUCUGGGUAAAUACCACAUGUGAAUAUGUGAAAAGCUGUGGUGCAUCUUGACAAUUUGCUCCUUUCCUAACAGACCUACAUAUACAGUGGAUACGUAUGUAGCAUUAACAUCCUGUAGAAUUCCAUUGUAAGAGCAUACUCAAUGUUACACCCAUUGACCAAAGCACUUAAUAGUGAGUAAUACUACAUCCCUGUUUAGUUCGAUAAUUGUAUUUGGGCAAGAGGAGGGCAAUUUAUGUACACCUGCUGAUGUGCUGAUCAAAACAUAAUCUGAAGUACUGUAUGUUAUAUUCUGUUACUCAAAGAAGUAUAAGCUUUUUUGUAUUCUACAUAUAUUUUUUUCUAUAAACAUGCUACAAGAUGAAAGCUUGAAGAAAGUGCAAUCCAACAGUAUUUCUAUUGUUGCAAUGUGUGACGAUGAUGAUGGUGGUGAAGGUAAUGCUGUUAUGAGAGGUUGACAUUUGCCACAAAAGUGCACUCUCCCUGGUGGUGUUGGUAUGAUGUGGCCUCCGAUGUUUGUGUGAACUGCCAGAGGUCUGGAAGUAUCCUGCCUCCUUUACUUGAACUGUGGCAAUUCUCAAGCUAUGAAUGUUUUUCAUGACAUGCAGCCUGCAUAGCUUAAGAGGAAAGGAAUCCAUGUUGAACUUGGCACAUUUUUCAAGUUUUAGGACAACAGACACUCUGUACAGAGAAACUGUCAAGUGCAUUUCUGAGGUUGGUUUAUGGAAGAAAAGUGAUUAAGCAUCUUAUAAAAAUAUAACUCCAUCGGGGGACUAAGGAAACUCCUCGGGUGAAGCUAAGCAAUGUGAGAUCCUGACCUUUUUCUUGCUGAAAGACAAUAAACUGUUGAGGGUUU